UCGGGAUUGAGCGCACGCGCUUUUCCUGCGCGCUCUGACUUUGUAGCGGCGCGGCGGCCACAGCGAGUCCCUCCGCUGCGGGCCCGCGGCAUGGCCGGGCCGCGAUUGCUGCCACCGGGGCUCCCGGUGCUGCUGCUGGUGCUGCCGGUGCUGCCGCUCCCGCCGCUCCCGCCAGGCACCGCUGCCCCGUCCCGCUGCGGCCCGGACCAGUUCCAGUGCGCGCCCGGCGCCCCCUGCUUCCCCCAGGACUGGCGCUGCGACGGCCACCCCGACUGUGAGGACGGCGGGGACGAGUGGGACUGCGGGACCGCGACGGCGGCGGAGCCGAGUCCCGGCGGCCCCGCGGUGACCUCGUCGAGGAGCUCGGCGGUGCCGCCCGCCAGCAGCGCAGAGCCUUCAGUUACACCUGAGCCUGGGGUCUCUGUGCCAUCAAGGAGUCCAGGUUACACAUGGAUCUUGAUUGUUGCAGAGCUCCUGAUUAUCCUGGUAGCUGCAGGUUCUGUUGCUGUGUGGGGUCUGUCCAAAGCAAAAUGCAGAUCUGACACCUUCAGUCUUGAAAAAGCAUCCAGGGAACAGCUGAUGCCUGACAAGAGCCAGAAAGGCUCCUGGCCCUGAAGGGUUUUCCCAGCUUCCCUGAUGCUUGCCAUGCAGAUGCCUGGGGUUUCAGUCUGUCCUGCAUCAGCAGAACUCUCCCCUUUCAUCCCUGAUGCCAAGGACAUGGAGCAGUCCUGCUGGGAUACUGAUCUUCUGGUGUGGGAUUUUUUUCCUGGCUUUGUAACAGGGACCCUUAUUCCAAGGUGCGACUAGCCCCGUCUGUCUCCUGCUCACCACAGCCUGACUGAAUUGGACAUCAACUCUCAAAUCUGGGUUGUUACACUGGAAUACCAAGAAGAUGCUCCCUUUGUAAAUGAGUUUUAGAUUGUGGGACUGCCUUGGCUCCAGAAAUAGCACAGGACCUCUCCUGACGCUGUGACAUUAGUCCUCCCAAAGGUGGCAGGAAUGUCUCCAUUGCUCUGCAUGACAGUUGUUACUGCUGAUGCCCACCACUGUGGCCUCGGGCCCGAAGAUGUUUUUCUCCUUGAAAUGCCAGGUGCUGUUCAGCUGUCUCCUUCCACUUCCAGCCAAGAGCCUUUUUUCAUCUGCCCCAUUCUUUCUCCUGGAUUUUGUCAGGAAACAGGAGCUUUCUCACCUAUUUCCAUAGGUACUCCCUGGCUGCACAGAUCAGACAAAUACUCCAUGUUUGCACUACUGUUUGAUGCUGCUCAGUCCCAUGCAUGGGAGGCCUUUACUGACAGUGCCACCACGAGGGUGAUAGUUGCUCUGGCUUUGCUGUGCUGUUACCUGAGCCCACAUGGGGCAAGGAACUCCUCGGCCCUGGACUGGCAGCUCCUCUCACACUCCUUUCCACAAACAUCUCCACCCUUGGCAGACCUGCUCUGCCCACCCCAGUGCUGAAUGCUGCAUUGGGCUCCUCUUAACACUCUCAAUGGUGUCUUCCUUAAAACUGUUCUGACGUGAGUGAUGUCCCUUGAGGGUCAGUACUGGGACCAGUGCUAUUCCAUGUUUUAUCAGUGGUGUGUAGAGUGGGAUCAAGUGGACCCUCAGGCAGUCUGAGGAUGAGACUGGGCUGAGUGCAGCUGGGGAGGGGGAUGUCAUCCAGAGGGGUCUUCAGGCCCACAGGAAUCUCAUGAAGUUCGAUAAGGUCAAGUGCAAGGUCCUGCACCUUUGUUAGGGCAAACCCUGGAGAAGAGAUGGCUCCAGGGAGCCUUGUUGUGUCUUGUCCAUGUCUAAAGGGGAAUUGUAAGAAAGAUGGAGAGGGUUUUUUCACCAAGGCCUGUUAAGGACAAGGGGCAACAGAUACAAACUGACAGAGGUUUAGGUAGGACAUGAAGGAGGAUUUUAUGGUGAGGUCCUGGCACAGGUUUCCCAGAGCAGUUGUGACUGCCCCAUCCCUGGGACCAAGCUGGACAGGGCUCUGAGCAUCUUGGUCUAGUGGAGGUUUCCCUGGAAAUAAGUCAUGUCUUGGGUCUGACACUGUCUGUGUGGCACGUGGAGUCCCAGCCAAAGGACUCAGUGCUGUGCAGCUCUCAGAACUGGCUGUGCAGGGGCAGAUUAGUGCCCAGUGCCUCUAGUUCAGCAUUGGCCACGUGUACCUUGCACAAGUGUUCACUAAGUGUGCCAAGCUGCUGCCUUGGCUGCUGACCUCUGUGCCUUGAAGGUGGGAACUUGGCUUGCCAAGCAGACACCAGUCAUAAAUCUUGGAGUAGAAGUCUUCCGCUCCUGGAUAGCAUGUGAGUGCUGCCAUACCCCAUGAGAGAAACUUCUAUAUGUGGUGUGGAGUCCUGAGUUAUUCCAGGGCUGCUAUUUUUAGUACCAAGGAGUCAUUUGCAAGGGCACACACAACCUUCUGUUUCCACAGGGGCAGGCAGAAAUAGCUGUGGUGACUGACACAGGAGAAUAAAAAAUGUGAAUUAA